GGCAAAUCUACUCCCAUUGUAAAGAUAUUUCCUGCCUGCAGUAAACACCUGCCAGAAGAAAAUAGACUGCUUGUUAAAGAAAAGUUUGGUUGCAAUGAAAAACUCAGUCAACAUGAAAUAUGAAAGAGAACAAAGCAAGAUGGAUGAAUAUUCACAGCAUGCCCAAAUUCAACUGGAAAGAAAAGCUACUAACAGAGUAAGCCCGUGGAAGACUGUAAAAGACAAAGUUAAAAAGCAAUGCACCUGCAAUAGCAAGCAACUGAAAAAUACAUUCAUUGGCUUUUUCCCAGUGUUACGCUGGCUCCCAAAGUAUGACUUCAAAGAAAAUACAUGGGGUGAUGUGAUGUCGGGCCUUAUCAUUGGUAUCAUAUUGGUGCCCCAAGCUAUAGCAUACUCACUUCUGGCUGGGCUGAAACCCAUAUACAGCCUGUACACCUCUUUUUUUGCUAAUAUAAUUUAUUUUUUAAUGGGGACCUCUCGACAUGUAUCCGUGGGCAUUUUCAGCUUAAUAAGUUUGAUGGUCGGCCAGAUUGUUGAUCGAGAAGUACAGCUGGCAGGUUUUGACCUAGAUGACGAUGCAGACCCUCAAAUAAAUAACUUCAACAUAAGUGACAUGAACAUUACAAAAUCUAUAAACAUUAGUUUGGGCCUGGUGGACAUUGAAUGCGGAAAAGAAUGUUAUGCAAUCAGUGUUGCAGCUAUACUGACAUUCACGGCUGGUGUUUAUCAGAUCCUUAUGGGGAUUUUUCGCUUGGGUUUCCUCUCAAUGUAUCUAUCAGAGCCAAUGUUGGAUGGAUUUGCAACAGGAGCUUCCCUGACAAUAUUAACUGCCCAAGUGAAAUACCUUCUUGGAUUAAAAAUUCCACGUAGUCCAGGCAUUGGCAUGUUGGUCACAACCUGGUGUAACAUUUUUAAAAAUAUUCACCACAGCAACUAUUGUGAUAUUAUUACAAGUGUCAUUUGUAUUGCUGUUCUGGUUGCAGCUAAAGAAAUUGGAGAUCGAUACAAAGAAAAAAUCAAAAUCCCGCUUCCAACAGAAUUAGUGGUAAUUGUAGUGGCUACUCUGGUGUCACAUUACUGUAAUCUGAAGUUAGUUUAUGGAUCUGCUGUCUCUGGUGUAAUUCCAACUGGAUUUAUACCUCCACAAAUACCAGAUUUUAGCCUUUUUGGUAAAAUUGCAGUGGAUGCAAUACCCCUUGCAGUUAUUAGUUUUGCCUUUACUAUCUCUUUGUCAGAAAUGUUUGCAAAAAAAUAUGCAUAUACAGUGGAAGCAAAUCAGGAGAUGUUUGCCAUUGGCUUCUGUAAUAUAAUCCCAUCAUUUUUUCAUUGUUUUGCCACAAGUGCUGCUCUAGCAAAAACACUAGUAAAAACUUCCACUGGGUGCAUGACACAAGUAUCUAGUGUUAUUAGUGCAUUUGUGGUACUGCUAGUUUUACUUUUCUUUGCACCUCUGUUUUAUUCACUGCAGAAAUGUGUCUUAGCCUGUAUAAUAAUUGUUAGCUUACGAGGUGCUCUAAGGAAAUUCCGAGAUCUGCCAACUCUGUGGCGCCUAAAUAAAGUAGAUGCAGUGGUCUGGAGUGUGACUGUGGCUGCCGCGGCUCUGAUCAGUACAGAAGUAGGCCUCAUGGUAGGAGUGAUUUUUUCAAUGUUGUGUCUUAUUUUGCGCUCUCAGUUACCUUACACCACCAUGCUUAAUCAAAUUCAAGACACUGUGUUUUAUGAAGAUGGCCAAAAAUAUGACAACCUCCUUCCCAUUCCCAAUGUAAAGAUAUUCCGCUUUGACUCACCCCUCCACUACGCAAACAAAGGAUAUUUUUUAAAUGCUCUCUACAAAAUGGCUGAUAUGGAUCCAGGCCUAGUAAACGCACAGCGCAAAAAAAUGGAAAAGAAAGCUAAAAAUAAGGGAAAACGAAAACAAGUAGAUGGUGCAAACAACGGUUAUGGUGAAACUGCAAUAGAGCUUGUUGAAAAGCGCAACGAUUUACAAACCAUUAUUCUUGAUUGCUCUUGCGUUGCAUUUUUGGACAUAACUGGCAUUAAUGUAUUAAAGGGUUUGUUAAAAGAUUACAAGGAAGUGCAAAUCAGUGUGCUAUUGGCUUGCUGCAGCACAUCUGUAAUUGACUCUCUUAUUAGGGGGGGUUACUUCGGCAAAGAGAAUUCAGACAUCCACAAACUGCUUUUUUACACUGUCCAUGAUGCUGUACAGUUUGCAAGAGCAGAAUCCAUUUCUGCCACAGAUUCCACUGUAUAAAUGAUUAUAAAAAUGUAAUCGUUGUAAAAAUGAUUACGGUAUAAAAAUGUAAUAGUUGUAAAAAUAAAAUUGUAAUA